UGGAUACGUUACUUGCCUUGCCUUGGAAGAAUCAAUAGUGCCAUUGGAUAUUAAUCACCUUGGCCUCGGGGGGGCUGUCAGAAUGAAUGGCAGGUCAUGUGGCAUGAAUCUCCACCAGACAUCAAGAACCCCACAGGGGCCUGGGCUUCUCAGUGGUCUACCUAUUGCUCCCAUCAGAGCCCACUCGGGCACUCCUGGCCCCUCAUCCUGUGCCAGCACACCCAGCCCCACUAUUGGAAAUCUUGCUAACAGCCUUCACCUCAAGAUGUCCUCCGGAGCAGGGAUGGCUCCUCUGAGCAACAUGGCUGCAAGCCCCAUCCAUUUGCCUGCCCUCAGCCCCAGGAGACAGUUACUCGCCAACGGGAAGCCUCAGUUUCAGGUCACUCAAGCUGGCGGCAUGGCAGCGUCACUUACUGUAAAGCCCAAACAGCAAGAAUUCGGAGACCUCUUUUCUCCAAAUCUCGAGAAAGGGGCUCUUGGCUUUGGGCCUCAGUGCAAGUCCAUUGGAAAAGGCAGCUGCAACAAUCUAGUGGUCACCAACAGUCCCAUGAUGGUUCAGCGACUGGGACCCAUUUCACCUCCAGCAAGCCAGGUCUCCACAGCAUGCAAGCAGAUCAGUCCUAGCUUACCGAGGGCAGUGAAUGCAGCCAACCUGAAUAGACCUCCUUCCGAUACCAGGUCCGUUAUUUUGCAAGAGUCUCUGGUGUCCACGACUUUGAGUCUGACGGAGAGUCAGUCGGCCUUGAGUGUGAAGCAGGAGUGGUCUCAGAGCUACAGGGCUUUCCCUUCACUUCCGUCCAGCCACAGCUCUCAGAAUGGCACGGACCUAGGGGACUUCCUUAGCUUGCCUCCGGGCACACCCGUGUCUGGCAGCAGCGUGUCUAACUCGUUGCCACCUUACCUUUUUGGCAUGGAAAACAGCCACUCUCCUUACCACAGUCCUCGGCACUCAGCAACCAGGUCCCACUCCACCCGCUCCAAGAAGAGGGCGCUGUCCUUGUCCCCUCUGUCUGAUGGCAUCGGGAUUGACUUUAAUACUAUCAUCCGUACUUCCCCCACGUCCCUGGUUGCCUAUAUCAAUGGAUCAAGAGCCUCUCCAGCCAGUAUGUCUCCACAAUCAGACGUCUAUGGGCAUUUCCUGGGUGUUCGCGGCAGUUGCAUCCCUCAGUCCUGCGCAGUGUCCAGUGGGCAGAAGGGUGUGCUGGUAGCCAGUGGAGGCCAUACGCUGCCAGGCUACAGCGAGGAUGGCACACCGGAGUACGAACGCAUGCAGCAGCUGGAGCAUGGUGGACUGCAGCCUGGACCUGUAAACAACAUGGUGCUGCAGCCAGGCUUACCCGGCACGGAUGGCCAGACAGCCAACAUGCUCAAAACGGAGCGCCUGGAGGAGUUCCCGGGCAGUGCCUUGGUCCUGCCCUCCGCGCCUCCUCUGCCCCCUCUCCCCCCACCUCAGGGCCCCCCACCUCCAUACCAUGCCCACCCACACCUUCAUCACCCAGAGCUCCUGCCUCACAGCCAGUCGCUGGCCCUGGCCCAGCCUGGCCUGGAUGAAGAUGGGGAGAUGGAAGACUCAGGGGGUAAGCACUGCUGUCGUUGGAUAGACUGCAGUGCCCUCUAUGACCAGCAGGAGGAACUGGUGAGGCACAUCGAGAAGGUCCACAUAGACCAACGCAAGGGGGAAGACUUCACCUGCUUCUGGACCGGCUGCCCUAGAAGGUACAAACCCUUCAACGCCCGCUACAAACUGCUGAUCCACAUGAGGGUCCACUCCGGGGAGAAGCCCAACAAGUGUACGUUUGAAGGCUGCAAGAAGGCCUUUUCAAGGCUUGAGAACCUCAAAAUUCACCUGCGGAGCCACACGGGAGAGAAGCCAUACCUGUGCCAGCACCCGGGCUGCCAGAAGGCCUUCAGCAACUCCAGCGACCGUGCCAAGCACCAGAGGACGCAUCUUGACACUAAACCUUAUGCUUGUCAAAUUCCAGGGUGUACAAAACGCUACACCGACCCAAGCUCCCUAAGAAAGCACGUGAAGGCACACUCCUCCAAAGAGCAACAAGCAAGGAAAAAGCUACGGUCUAGCACUGAGCUCCACCCAGAUCUCCUCACAGACUGCCUCGCUGUGCAGCCCCUGCAGUCAGCCACUUCCCCCAGAGAUGGUCCUGCCGACGGCACCGUGGGACACUCCCCAGGGCCUGGGCCCGAGCUUUAUCCAGCUCCCAUUUUCGCCAGCAGUCAUUCAACCCGAAGUGGAACAGCUGCCGGGGCCGUGCCACCCCCACAUCCUGUCAGUCACCCUUCUCCGGGACAUAACGUACAGGGGAGCCCGCACAACCCCCCCUCCCAGUUACCUCCACUCACAGCUGUGGACGCAGGCACUGAGAGGUUUGCACCUCCGACUCCGUCUCCUCACCACAUCAGUCCGGGAAGGGUUCCAGCUCCUCCUCCGUCACUGCUACAGAGAGCACAGCCUCCCCACAACCAGCAGCCACCAGGCUCACUCCUGAAGUCCUACCAGCCAGAAACCAACUCUUCUUUUCAGCCAAAUGGUAUCCACGUCCAGGGAUUUUAUGGCCAGCUGCAGACAUUCUGCCCUCCGCAUUAUCCUGAUCCCCAGAGAACUGUGCCACCCAGCAGCUCCUGCAGUAUGGUGCCUUCGUUUGAGGACUGUCUGGUCCCCACGUCCAUGGGUCAGGCCGGGUUUGAUGUUUUUCAUAGAGCCUUCUCGACACACUCGGGCAUUACAGUGUACGAUUUGCCUUCAGCUUCCUCGAGCCUCUUUGGGGAAUCUCUUCGCAGUGGCCCUGAAGAUCCUGCAUUCUUGCAGCUCAGUGCUGUGGACCGCUGUCCUAGCCAGCUGUCCUCUGUGUAUACCGAAGGCUGAAGGCUCCCGGGGCGCCUCCUGCACAUUCGGGACCUUUGAGUCACUUGUCACCUCUUACUUUCAUACUCUCCCAAGCCGUGCAAGGAAUGUCAGCCAAAUCCGUGGAGCCAGUAGGAUCGCUGGGUCUGUGGAAGGGAGGAUUGGAUGGGUCAGAUGUGGCUUUUCAGGAAUGGUUGCACCUCUUCUAUUUUCCCCCAAUUGCUAGGCCAGGUGGCCAGCAGGAGUUUCUUUUCAAAGGGAAUUUAGAGUCUCGCUUUAAGGAUGCCUGUUACUUCCUGGCUGUCAGCUCUCAAAAGACACUAAUGAAUGUGCUCACGAAUGGGAUGACCCUUGCUAAAGACUCAAAGAGGUCAAGACAGCCUAGUCAGCAGAGGCAUGAUGUGCUGCCUUAUUGCCCACGUUUUCUCUCAUGACUGAGUGAUGCACAGCCAUGAGUGGGGCGGGGAAUCCGUGUCCAAAGCAUGGAGUGGCUAUGAUGCUCUCUAAACUCUGGCUUUACCAUUUGUCUCACAUAGCCCAUGCUAACUAGUUGCUUCUCAAUUGCUCCUCCAAUGGCAAAAUAAGGUUUUAUAUUCGGCAACCUCCUUUGUUUUUGAGCUUUAAAGAUUUGUUCGUUACAUCAACUUCUAAAGGAAAAACAUUUAAAGGCAUGGUCUUUUGGUAGACAUCAUUACUAUUUUAAUCACCC